CGCCUAGAAGCUAGGCGCUACACUGUAUAGUGUGGCGCCUAGCUCUCAGACGUUGCACACUGACUUAGUAAUUUUCGGAUUACAUAGGUGCGACGUUGGCCAGACGUGUAGCGCCUAUCUGUGAGGCGUUGCACAGUAUAGUGUGACGUCUGCAGUUUAUUCUGUGAUUUGAUUUGGUUCAUAGAUUAAAUUUGUCAAUUUUGCCGUAAGCUACCGACUGCUGCAGCAGCAACUUCACACUUUCCAGUCCACCGCUAGUCUCUGCCACUGCCACCAACCACUGAACAAACUAUACCUUCAGAUCUGUGCGCGGCUACGGCCAUGGAGUCCGGCGCCGACGAAGUAGUGUUCGACUGCGAUGACUACCGCAUAUACCGGAGCGGCCAGAUGGACCGCCUCUGUCGCCCGGCUCGUGUGCCCACCGGCCUCGACCCGGCCACCGGCGUCACGUCCAAAGACGUGGUCCUUGACUACGACACCGGCCUGUCCGUCCGCCUCUUCCUCCCCACCAGCCGAGACCCCUCCAAGAGGCUCCCGAUCCUCGUCUUCUUCCAUGGCGGCGGCUUCCUCGUCGAGUCGGCCGUCUCCCCGCAGUACCACAACUACGUGGCGUCCCUCGCUGCCGCGGCCGGCAUCGUCGCCGUCUCCGUCGAGUACCGCCUCGCGCCCGAGCAUCCGGUGCCCGACGCCUACGACGACACCUGGGCCGCGCUAUCGUGGGCCGCCUCGAGCCAGGACGAGUGGCUCGCCGAGCACGGCGACAGCGCGCGCCUCUUCCUGGCUGGCGACAGCGCCGGCGGCAACAUAGUGCACAACGUCCUCAUCAGAGCGUCGUUCCAGCCGGCGCCGAGAGUAGAAGGCGCGAUUCUUCUGCAUCCUUGGUUCGGAGGGAACACGUUCCUCGAAGGUGAGGUCGAGGCGACGGCCAAGGACAUGGCCAUGAUCUGGGAGUUCGCGUGCCCCGGCGCGGUGGGCGGCGCGGACGACCCGAGGAUGAACCCGAUGGCGCCGGGCGCCCCGGGGAUGGAGAAUCUCCGGUGCGAGCGGAUGCUCGUGUGCGCCGGCGAGAAGGACUGGCUGGCGGCCAGGGACCGAGCGUACUACGCGGCGGUGACCACCAGCGCGUGGCGCGGGAGCGUAUGGCGUGGAGGCGUGGCGUGGUUCGAGUCGGAAGGCGAGGGGCACGUCUUCUUCCUCAAGAAGCCGGACUGUGCCAAGGCCAAGGAGCUCAUGGCUCGCGUCGUGGCGUUCAUCGCCGGCACCUGAGCCCUGAUCGGAAGAGAACAC